UUUUGAUCAUAAUUCUUUGCACUGACGUCAAUUUGAUAAAAUUCUCUCCACACGAGGCAAACUAGUCCAACAAUCAUAAAAUUCCAAUAACAGCGAUUUAAAGAAAUCUAUGUACAUCACCCAAGAAUACCCACCCCGUAAGCCCAUUUGAUGAAACAAUUUUUGUGUUGAUAAAUUCCUUCUGUUUUGUAAAUAAAGCUGGGACCAAAAAGUAUUAACGCAAGUAUUAACGCGCACGCAAGGCAACAACGGGAUUACAAGGAUGUCAAUCAAAUCACAGCUUAUCUUAACACAAGAAAUCCUUUCAGCUCUGACCCAUCUCUGCGCAGCAUCGCAACUGGAGUUGUUGCUGAUGACAAAGUGAACGCGGAUAAUGCUAAGGAUGUGGGUUGCAAAGUUCUUGCUUCCAUGGUUGAUAAGAACGUGCACGAGUUUUCGUUCUGUAAGAAAGACGAGGUUGUUACGCUUGCUUCAAAGACGGCUGUGACGUUUUCUGAUGGAACAGUGCAAGUUGAUCCACAGUUGUUAUUUCCAAGGCUCAGUGUCGUAGCUUCCAGUGGAAGAUUUGAGAACUCCCAGGAACUAUUUAGCUAUGAAAUGUGUAGCUUUCCUCCUGCUUUAUUUGGCAGACAAGUCAAAACUGGCUAAUGCAUUCUGGGGAAAAAACAAAAGAACAGCAAACCACUAAACCAUCGGGGAAAGUGUAUUAUGUUCUUGAUGGAGGUUCACUUCUGCAUCACUUGCCUUGGCCGCGUGGUAGUACUUAUGAGUCCGUCUUAGACCUCUCACUCCAGUUUGUGCGAUUCGGAAGUAUGGCAAGUCUACAGUUGUCUUUGACGUCUAUGAGGAUGGUCCUUCGACGAAAGACUGCACACAUCAGAGACGAAUGGGUUCUGGGUCAAAAACUGUUCAUUUUGAACUGGAUAUGGUUAUAUCAUCAAACAAGCAAGAAUUUUUGACUAACAAAGAUAACAAGAUAAAGUUUAUCGACCUUUUCGCAAACAGGCUACAAGUGGCUGGGUGUUCAGUCAAACACGCUACAGAAGAUGCUGAUCUUCUUAUUACACAGACAGCUGUUGAGUCCGCCAGUGAAAAAACGACAGCUCUGAUUAGUGAAGACACGGAUCUUCUCAUCUUACUCUACUAUCAUGCGGAUCUUGACGCACACGAUUUGUUCUUCAUGCCGGAACCAAAGAAGACAUCCAUUUCUCGAAAAAUUUGGAACAUCAAGAAAACAAAAUGUAUUUUGGGAACAAAUGCGUGUACAAACAUUUUGUUUCUACAUGCAAUAACCGGGUGUGACACAGCAUCACGCCAAUAUGGAAUAGGAAAAGCAGUUGCGCUAGUCAAGUCCAAGAAUGGAAAGGAAACUAAGAGCUACAGUAGUAGAUAUGAAUUGAGAGUUCUACGCCAGGUGGAUCGUGGUUCAGCCCUUGUAAUGACGGCGCUUCGGAGCAAACUGAGCAAGGGGCUCUUCCCCAGACCCUACUCCGAAGAGAGGUCGAUAUGGGGUUGAUGAGAGGUCGAUGUGAGGUC